GAACCUGCAGACCUCUUGAAGGUAUUAGAUUUUCAUAAUUUACCUGAUGGUAUAACAAAAACAACAGGGUUUUGCACAAGCAGAAGAUCUUCAAAAGAAGCAGAUGUUGCUUAUAGAGUAACAAAAGAUGCUCAGCUUAGUGCACCAACAAAGCAGCUGUAUCCUGCUUCCCCAUUCCCAGAGGACUUCUCCAUUCUAACCACUGUAAAAGCGAAGAAAGGAGGUCAGUCCUUCUUGAUCUCAAUUUACAAUGAGCAAGGGAUCCAGCAAAUUGGUGUGGAGAUGGGUAGAUCUCCUGUAUUCCUGUAUGAAGACCAUACAGGAAAGCCAGGCCCAGAAGACUAUCCUCUCUUUAGAGGCAUUAACCUAGCAGAUGGCAAGUGGCACAGAAUAGCUAUCAGCGUGCAGAAGAAAAAUGUCACCUUGAUUUUGGACUGUAAAAAGAAGAUAACCAAGUUCUUGGACCGAAGUGACCAUCCUAUCAUUGACGUCAAUGGCAUCAUUGUAUUUGGAACGAGGAUAUUGGAUGAGGAAGUCUUUGAGGGCGACAUCCAGCAGCUCCUGAUCGUGGCAGACCCCCGAGCAGCCCACGAUUACUGCGAACACUACAGCCCCGACUGUGACACCGCCAUCCCCGACUCCCCCCAGUCCCAGGACCCCAACCAGGACGAAUACUACACUGAUGGGGAGGGAGAAGGCGACACCUACUACUACGAGUACCCCUACUAUGAAGAUGUCGAUGAAGCCAUCAAGCCAGAAGCACCCACCACCAAACCUGGCACUCCGGAGGUGGCUGCUGGAGAGAGACCUGAAACCAAGGAGGACUAUCCUGCCCCAACGCCAUCACCUGAUGUGGGGGACCUGGGCAAGCCGACAAAAGAGGAUGCUACGGUGGAUGAUCCCCUUGUAGAUGAGUACAACUAUGAAACCAUUAAUGAAGAAUACUUCACGCCUCUCCCCUACGAAGAUGUCAACUACAACGAAGAAGUAGACACCCAGGGCGGACUCACUGAAAACGCCGUGGAAGCUGAACUCCCCACGAGUACCGUCAUCACCUACAACGAGACCGAUGCUACUCAAGGAGGAGAUGACCUGGAUAAAGAUUUCACCGAAGAAACAAUAAAAGAAUACGAUGGGAAUUAUUACGAUAACUAUUACGACCGAACAGUCUCUCCUGAUAUUGGCCCUGGCAUGCCUGCUAACCAGGACACCAUCUACGAAGGGAUCGGUGGCCCACGGGGCGAGAAAGGACAGAAGGGCGAGCCUGCGAUUAUUGAGCCGGGGAUGCUGGUGGAAGGCCCGCCUGGUCCCGAAGGCCCAGCGGGCCUUCCAGGACCUCCAGGACCAACUGGACCUGUGGGCUUAAUGGGUGACCCUGGGGAGAGAGGACCACCUGGCCGUCCAGGCCUUCCAGGAGCAGAUGGUUUACCAGGACCACCAGGGACAAUGCUUAUGUUGCCUUUCCGCUUUGGUGGAGGAGGAGAUGCUGGCUCCAAAGGACCUCUCGUUUCAGCCCAGGAGGCCCAAGCCCAAGCCAUCCUGCAGCAGGCCAGG